AAGUGUGAACUAAAUAUGUGGGGAAAAAUGUGUGUGAAAGUAACUGUUUACAGAUAUGCAUUCUACAGAAUACCUGGCAUAAUGUAUUCAUGUAUAAAUACCAAUUUGGAUCACAGAGACAAAAGGACUUUAUUUGAAAACAAAGAUAUUCAAAUACACAGAGUUUACUUUAAAGGAAUAGUGCGCCCCAAAAUUAGUAUUUUGUAUAGGGCACUAGGUAGAAAUCGCCUCAUCGUCAGGCCCUUAGUAUCAUUCUCACUCUAUAUUUGCUCCCCUGAGUCAAUCAAUUCUAGCACCUGCAUGAGGUUUCGGAAAGAAAUGACGCACUUUAUACAGCCCCUACAGGGACAUGGAAAUAAAAAAAAAUAUACAUGUUAUUAGGAAAAGUUUCAAUGCUUUUGCUUUGUCUAAGAAUUUUAUUGUUGGAUAAAUGUGUUUGCGAGCAUCAUUGAGGUACGUCGGUAUCAGGGGAUCAAAAGCGCUUUUAAAUGAACUUGUUUUUUUACUUUCACUUUCGAUUUCGCGGUCACGCGCACUGCGCGCAUAGGGCAGCGGUAAUGACUUUACAGGUUGAGAUAUUUGUCAGUAAUGCUUUCUUAAGCCGACCUAAUAAUAAUUAAUGCAAUUCAGUAAGUUGUAUUUUUCAAACCUAUUAAGAAGAAGCCAACAGCACAGCUUACAGUAUGUCUGUAAUAAACAACUGAUAAUAUUUUUAAUGGCAUUUCAGUAGAUAGUAAUAUAAAUGUUAUUCUGUCGUGGUUUUCAGCUGUUUUUUCUGGUCCAGACCAAUUUGACUCUUUUAUCUUCCUCUGUUUUUCCAUUCAGGACUGUUUAAAUUUUUUUAUUUUUUUUUUUGUUGAUGCGAUUUACUUCCGUUGCACAAGUCCUAGGGCAAAUAUCAACUACAAUUAACAUAUAUGAUGCGAGCUAAACACCCUUUUAAGCAAAAUUACUGUUUCUCUGUGUGUGUGUUCAACAGAAGACGCUCUUAAACGCUCUUUGAAAUCCCGUUCUGAAUCGAAUGAUUCACAAAACGCGCUUUGAAAUUCAGUUCUGACUCAAAUGAUUCGCACACUGUGGUUUAAAAUCCCCUUGAAAUCCAGUUAAACGCAGCAUGAUGCCUGCCACCGUUGUUGAUCUUAUCCAGUAGGCCACCACAUAUCUAAUAUCCAAUACGGUUUGGGUGGUUUUGUGACUAAAUCUAAACGAUUGACAUGCCUACAAAACAAAACUACUGCUCUGUUACGUAUUCAUAGUGCACACCUCUGUGAAAUAUGGAGCUUCUAUCAUUUCUGAUGGUCUGAUUUUGGACACUGCAUGAAACCGUACUGUCAGAAAAAAGGUACAGCAGAGACAUGGUCAUUUUUUCCACGUAAGAGAAGAGUAAUGGCAUUAUGAAUCAUAAUCGCGCAGCAAGCCCGCAGAGGUUGCAUUUAUUCCUAAAACCACCCCCUGACGUUUACAAAAAUACGCAGGAUGUGACGUUGAGGACACAUCGCCUUCUCAGAAACAAGUUCUCUUACAGAAGCAGCAACCAGUGAAACUAACACUGCCUAUUCGGCAUUUAACCGUGGUCACGGAGAGACGUGCAGAAGCGAGUGUUCGGUGAUGACGUGGUGACAGUGAUGAAGGGAGAUUCAGUCACUCUUUACACUAAUAUCAGCAAAAAAGAACAUGAGAAGAUGCUGUGGUACUUUGAAGACACUCGUAUAGCUCUGAUCAAUGGACAUCCCGACACCAGCUGUUUAUAUGAUGGUGAAGGCGGGAGAUUCAGAGACAGACUGGAGGUGGACUAUGAGACCGGAUCUCUGACCAUCAAGAACAUCAGAUCUGAACACGCUGGGCGAUAUGAAGCAGAGAUCAUCAGAAGCGAAAGUUCAGGCAAAAGGCAAAGCUUGAACAGAAACCGCAGAUGUGACUCUAAAAAAAUGAUCAAAAAAAUCCGCAAUACUCAUGAUGAUACCAUCAAAACUUUCAAUAUGAUUGUCCUUGUCCCAGCUGCUCUGUCUGAUGAGGACGAGCCCCACGUGAAGAGUUGGGAGUUUUACUCAGACCCGGGUCUGUCUUCAGCUGCUGUAGCUGGAGUGUGUGUUGUUCUGCUGCUGGUGACGGUUCUAGCUGCCGUCGCCGCGGUUUACUUUCACCGCAAGGUCUCCAGAAACGCAGAAAGGGGGAAAAACAAAGAUACUGUACUGAAAACCGACUUGUGUGUUUGAUUUUACUGAUAGAUGGCAGAUUGUUUUUAUCUUUACCUUACACGAGGAUUAAAAACGAAACCAAACGUGUCAUAAAUGAGAAACAAUCUUUACACUAAAACUUACUACACUACUCUUCAUUUACAACUGAAAAUUAUUAUUUUUUUUUAAUUUUGUGUAUUUUUUAUUAUUAAAUCUUAUUUAAUUUGAUCAUUGUGUUCUUUCAAGUGCUGUUAUAUUGUAUAUUGUUCAUAUGAUGCAGUGUUUAAGUGCAGUAUUAGCUAAGAUGAAUGAAGUUAAUAUUCAUUGUUAAUGUGUCAUUUGUUAAAUGUGACGCACUGUGCACUGAUUUAGAGUUUAUAUUUAUAUUUAUAUGUAGUUGUCAUAAACAUUUUUAACAAGCAUUUUAUUAGAGCUCUUAUAGUAAGAGUAAUAUAUUUUUUUCCAACUGUUUACUUAAAUCUAAAGGGGAUUUCAAGUAAAUAUUUUGUUUAUUUAAGUUUUAGUUUCUUUUUCCUUGUCAGAAAGCCCUUUGACUCAAAACAUUCCCCUAAGAUUUUGAAAUUUCAAAACAAAAUCACAUGACAUUACACAUUAGGAAUUUUUAGUAAAAAUAUAUAUAAUCCAUGAAGAAUAUAAUCUAGUUACUGUAAUCUGAUUACGAUAAUUUAAAAAUAAAAUACUUUUUUUUUUUAUCAAUUUGUCCUUUUCCAUUUUCUGUGGCAUGUUAUCACAGCUAAAUUAUUUAAUUGCAUUUUGUUGUACUUUUAUUUCCUAAAAUAUUAAAUAAAAAUCAUUCGAAAUUCA